AUGGAACAUUCGAAUACGACUGGUGUUAAGGAUUCACUAGAUCUAGAUAACACUAAUUUGAAAGAAGAUGUGGAAUCGUUCGAUUUACCACGAGUUCAAGGAACACUAAAUGUAAAUGCCUUACAAGAAAGUGAAAAUAUUGAUGCAUCUGAUGCUGGUAAUAGUCCUCGCUUACGUAACAUAAGUGAAUAUAGGUCAAUGGAUCCUGGUAGAUCCCAUGAGCCAGCAAUGGAACAUUCUACAUCAUUAGAUGACCCCAUACAGUUUACAAGAGUAUCGUCAUCUUCGGUAUUAAGUGGACUAUCAUCAUCCGAAGGCGAAAAGGAGGUACCUAGUGAGGAACCGCAGGAAGUUGAGAGAAACGAGCAACGGCAUGAUCCUAGCGACGAUACUACAAAAGGUAGUAUCACACUGGAUAAAUCUGGUUUCGCGGAUAAUACGAAUUCCACAAUUCAUGCAUCCGAAUCGGAACCUCAGUUUAACGGUUAUUCAAGAAAUUUGAAUCAGUCUAAUGAAAGUAGUUAUUUGGAUUCGUCGGUGGAAAGAGGUAACUCUUCGUCGAAAUCUGGUUCGGUAGGAACUCAGGGAUCUUCAUCGGGAAUUCCAAAUAACCAAAAUAAUAACAGUUUUACAAGUAAUAAUAACAAUAGUAAUAGACAGAUAAUGACACCGCCUAUUGCUGCGCAUCAUGCUACCGUACCGUUACCAGUGAGGGGUUCAUCGCCUGUUAACAUUUCAAAGAGUUCGUCUUUUAGUCCCUUUGGUGCCUCGAAGAAGCUUAGUACCAAUAGUAACGUUAUGAGCCCGAGAUCACAGUCAGCCUCGUCAUCGACUCAAAAACUGGAGCAGAGUAAAAAGAAGAAUAACGGAUCAGGAAGUAGUAGAAUGAAGGGUGUAUUUACAUCUUUUGUCAACAAUAUGAAGCGAACCUCAGGAGGUGAAAAGAACAAACAACAGCCAGGAACAUCCGUAGUUAAAAUUUCGACACCCUACAAUGCUAAGCAUUUACAUCAUGUGGGGAUUGAUUCAAGAACUGGUGAAUAUACAGGGUUACCCACUGAGUGGGAAAAGUUAUUAACGAGUAGUGGUAUCUCCAAGAGAGAACAGGAACAGAACAUACAGGCCGUGGUUGAUAUUGUUAAGUUCUAUCAAGAUGUAACUGAAUCAAGUGGUGAAGAUAAAACUUUCAAGACAUUCAAUGUUACAAAUCCAUCUCCAUUGGAAGCGAGCUCCCCUACGUUCAAAACGCCAUCGACUUCAUCGGUUAAUAGGUUCAAGUCGAAUAAUCUUCCUCAAGAUUCCACGACACCUGAGCGUGGCGUACAAACGCCUCAAUUGCAACAAUAUCAAUCCUUUUCUUCACCACAGAAUGGUGUGAGUCGAAAUUCUCCAGCCCAUGUUUAUAGCCCGGAAAAAAUAAAUCAGUUACCUACACCAGCGCCACCUUUGGCAAAUGGUAUAUCAAUGGGUAACGAAUCUGAUCCUAAUGCCGGUGGCAUUGGUGGUUCGCAUCAAAAAUUUAUUCCCACGAGACCUGCACCAAAACCCCCAACCGCCGGGAAAACUUCUGUUUCCCCGGUACUGGAACCAAGUAGAUCCAAUUCAUCACCACAAGUUCCCCAAAUUCCUCAUAGUCAAUCUUCAACUUCGUUACCAUCGAGGAAACCUAGUAGUAAAAGAGAAGAUCAACCAUUACCUCCACUACCGCAACAUAAAGAGGAAGAGAAUGUUGAUAAGCUUGACAAGAUGGAGGAUCGUACAGACCAGAAAGAUGGCAAAACAGCACCAUCCCCUUCAACACCGACGGCAAGGCAUAAUAAAUCAAAAACGCCGUCAAGAGAAGUUUCCAAGAAGAAUAAUGUUGCAUUAGCUGAAAAGAAAAGGGAAGAAAGAGAAAGGCGUACGAAGCAACUUUACGCCCAAUUGGGUGAAAUCUGUGCUGAAGGUGACCCCAGUAAGCUAUAUCUAAAUCUGACCAAAAUUGGUCAAGGUGCAUCUGGUGGCGUUUAUACCGCUUAUGAAUUGGGUACUAAUGCAUCUGUCGCCAUUAAACAGAUGAAUUUGGAAAAACAACCCAAGAAAGAAUUAAUCAUCAACGAAAUUAUGGUUAUGAAAGGCAGUAAACAUAGAAAUAUCGUGAAUUUUAUUGAUUCAUACUUGUUAAAAGGUGACUUAUGGGUCGUUAUGGAAUACAUGGAAGGUGGUUCAUUAACGGAUGUAGUGACGCAUUGCAUUUUAACAGAGGGUCAAAUUGGUGCCGUCUGUAGAGAAACUUUAGCGGGUCUUCAAUUUUUACAUUCCAAGGGUGUCAUUCAUCGAGAUAUCAAAUCGGAUAAUAUUUUAUUAUCAAUGACAGGUGAAAUCAAAUUGACAGAUUUUGGAUUUUGCGCUCAAAUCAAUGAAAUUAAUUUAAAGAGAACAACAAUGGUGGGGACACCCUAUUGGAUGGCACCUGAAGUUGUUUCAAGGAAAGAAUAUGGUCCCAAAGUGGAUAUAUGGUCGCUAGGUAUUAUGAUUAUUGAAAUGAUCGAGGGUGAACCUCCAUAUUUAAACGAAACCCCAUUGAGGGCAUUAUAUUUGAUAGCCACCAAUGGUACACCAAAAUUAAAGGAACCUGAUAAUUUAGGCGAAGAAUUGCAGAAUUUCCUUGAUUGGUGUUUAACGGUGGAGCCAGAUCAAAGAGCCUCUUCAUCACAACUCUUAAAAGAUCCAUUCGUCACACAAGUCGCCGAAGAAAAUUCUUCGCUAGCACCACUAGUGAAAUUGGCACGUAUGAAGAAAAUUGCUGAAAAGAUGGAACACGACGAUGACGACGACGACGACGACGACGAAGAUGAUGGUGGUGGAGAGGAGGGAGUUGAAGAGCAGGAAGUUACGACGGCACAAGGUUAG